AAUUCCGAUCGUCACGCAAAUACUGAGGCUGAAAGAUUUAACAACUAUAUCACUAUUUCGUGUACAAAAUGUUUCUCUGGGACUGGUGUGAACCGGUGUUCUCGUAUUUGUUCUCCAGUGGCGAAGACAUGACUUGAAAUGCAGAACACGAGUGUGCGACGUAAAAAUUUAACUCCGAAAGAAUUAUUUGGUAUCGUGAUAUAAUUAAUUAAAAAUAAAAGUUGGUUACUUCUUGAAGUUGUUAGGUUUAUCAGUCACGAUAAUGUCAUUAUACUUCGAUUACAAAGUACAAAACCCCGAUUUAGCAGCUAUAAACUUGAGUGUGGACUGGCAUCAUCAGCAUUCACUGCUAGCUGUCUCUUCAUACAGCGAAAGCAAAGGAGGAUUCGUGAGCAUUUACGAUGAACUGGGUGAAGCAUUACCUGAUAUCAGCUGGCCAUCUCAUCCAAUGGCUCAGGUCACAUCUCUUGCUUGGCAUCCAUUACGUAAAGCACUUGUAAUUGGUUGGGAAAAUGGAGAGCUUCGUGUGUGGGGUGGUGGUGAUCCAGAAUUUGUAACUGUUCAGUCGCCACAUCAGGCACCUGUCACAGUGCUACAGUGGAGCCAUGCAGGGGGACGACUUGUUUCUGCUGAUGCGGCUGGUGCAUUAUUGGGCUGGAAAAUGGAUUCAAGAGGCCAGUUGCUGUCUGUUUUCCAUGUAGAAAUGCGAGAACCUUUGGGCCAUGUCACUUUUCGGCGUCCAGCCCCAGGUGUUGACAUCACCGGACUAGCAAAAGCAGCAGUGGCAGGUGAUGAACAUGCACUUGAUCUCUUAAGUUCUUGGAGGCCACGCACAGCUGGAGCCAGAACAAGUAUACAGGGUGCACAGCCUGAGAGCCUUUGCUUUUAUAUUGGUUCAUUCUCAGGAAAGAUAUUCCACUGUAAUGAAGAGGGCAUAUGUAUGGAAGUGUUGAGUACAGAUGGAUCACAACUGCGAAGAGUAUUGCACCAUGAGCAUUUACCACAACUUGCAGUCCUAACUGAUGUACCUAGUCUUGGACAUUUCUCUUGUGAACCAUCUGGGCAGCUCUCCGAAAUUGUCAAAGUGAAACUUGUAGGAAGACCUCAGGAUGCGUGUGCAGAAUGGGCUGGUCCUGGAUUGGUUGCCGUGGCAGCUGGUGAUGCUACGGUUCGUCUCUGGGACUUGGCAUCUGGGGAAAGCUGCAUUUUAUCUGCAGAUGCAACUGGCACUGUAACCUCCCUUGCUUACUGUCCACAGAAAGUGCUGCUCUGUGCGGGGACAUCUCUUGGACAAGUGCUGAUGUGGCGACGCACUACUACUGAUGCUGGCAGUGGAGGGGCUGCUGUCAGUUCUGGUGCAGAUUCUGACAACUGGAUAUUACUGCGAGGAUGUCAGCUGCAUGGUUCCAUCAAACAGCUUUCAUGGGGUGGCACUUUGCUUGCUGCCAAUACAAUUACAACAGUGUUCAUUUUGCGAGAACAGCGGUUAUGUGCAGCGUAUACUGACACAGUAUCAGCAGUACAGAUAUCUCCAAAUGUACUGCAAGUACAGACUCUCCCACCUGCACCUAUGCACUACAUGGAACUGAAAGUUGAUCUGCAAGUAUCUGGUGUAGCUGUGUCAUCACAACACAUUGCUGCUUGGAGUGCACGAACACUUGCUGUUUACCAGUUGUUACCACCCAGUGAGGGUGCUACUUCUGUUACAGCUGCUAAUAUGGCUGCAAAGUCUGUUGCAACAUUUGCGUGCGAAGUGGACACUUGUGUUUUGUAUGAAGAAAAUCUGGUGGUACUGUCAGUAGGUGCUAAACUGGACAUCCGCACCUUACACGGCACUAUAAAGCAAACCCUAUCUCUUGGGGCAGCAGAAGGUCAGCCAAUUGUCAUGUCACUCUGUGGCUCCUUUCUGACUGUUGCUUCAUCUCUGGGAAUCGUGCGUCUCUGGAAUUUGUCACACAGAGAGGCUAAGCAGCAUGGGCGUUCACGAAACUUGGAUGAUGAGCUCCCCGACUUUGGAGAGGUCAUGCUUGCUUGCAGUAACUGCACUGGCACACGGGUCUCCAUCACUGUAGCUAGAUCAAAUUUCCAACCUGACCCUCGUUUGUAUGUGUGGGACAUGGAAGCCGACACACUUUCCUGUUAUGAUACAGAUCUUGGUCGAAUGGACAGUUUAGGCAGUAAUGAAGAGCCUAACAGCCUUCCAGUGAUGAGUGGUGAUUCAGGAGUCUGUGCUGAGAUAAGGGGUCGUCUAGUUGUUGUACAUUGCUGGGAUUGCGAGGAACCACGAUUACUAGUGUGUCAAGCAAAACGUAUACCACGUUCAAAAGAAGCUGCUCCAGGUAGAGCAUCUUCAGCAACGGUCUCUGUAACUUCUGCUCAUGAAAAUUCUGCCCCAUCCAUCCCCAAGGAAGAUGUUUUGGUUACAUUUUUCUCAACAGAUGAAUCUGCACUUGUUCUGCAUGAUGUAAUAUCUCUGAAAUCUGAAUUUUCUAUUCUACUUGGAGUGCGCUGUCCGCAUUACAUCUUGCUGAGAAGUUCUGAUUGUACUCAGGAGCAGCAACCAGUUGAUACAUUGCUGAUGCGUGAUUUUGAAGGCCUGAGUGACUGUGAUAGGACAACUCGUGAUGCCAUACUUACUUUUAGUUACCAUUUGAGUGCCGGUAAUAUGGAUGAGGCCUUCCGCGCUAUUAGAGCCAUUCGAAGUGAAGCUGUGUGGAGCAGCCUUGCUCGUAUGUGUGUGAAAACUCGGCGCCUUGAUGUCGCAUGGGUAUGUUUGGGUCACAUGCAACAUGGUCGUGCAGCUUUUAUUUUGCGCCAAGCAGCCAGUGAACCAGAACUGGAAGCCAGGGUUGGAAUUCUGGCCCUGCAACUUGGUCUCAGGGAUGAAGCAAUGCAACUUUUCAGGCAGUGUGGUCGACAUGAUCUUGAAGCACGUGCAUUGCGCAGUUUGGGCCAGUGGGAGGAAGCUCUUAAAGUGACGGAACAGCAUGACAGAAUUCACUUACGUAACAUGCGCCAUCGGUAUGCACUGAACUUAGAGGCACGUGGUGACAGGCGAGCUGCUCUGCAAGCCCUAGAACGUGCUGAUACCCACCGAAGUCAUGCUCCAAGGCUGCUUACUGAUAAUCCUCGUGCUCUUGAAGCUUAUGUACUUCGUGACAGAGAUCCGCAACUACUUCGUUGGUGGGCACAGUACCUGGAAAGCUUGGGCCAGUUGGAUGAAGCACUGUCUCUGUAUCGUGAAGCAAAUGAUUUCUAUUGUUUGGUACGUGUACUGUGCUUUCGUGGUGACCUGGAUGGAGCAGCAGAGGUUGCUCAAAGCUCUGGAGACCCUGCUGCCUGCUAUCAUUUGGCCCGGCAGUUAGAGUCUCAAGGGCAGUCAACAGAAGCAGUUGGAUUUUAUUCUCGAGCUCAUGCUUACAGCAAUGCUAUCCGUAUCUGCAAAGAACAAGGCCUGGAUGAUCAGCUCUGGAACCUUUCAUUACUAGCAGGACCUCGAGACCAACUUGACGUAGCCCGAUACUUUGAGAAGAGCUUUCCAGACCGGGCAGUUCGUCUUUAUCAUCGUGCUGGGAUGAUACAUCAGGCUGUUAACCUUGCAUUCAGAACACAGCAGUACAAUGCUUUGCAGUAUAUUGCUAUUGAUCUGGAUGCUAAAUCUGAUCCUGAAUUGGUACAAAAAUGUGCUCAGUUCUUUUUUGAAAAUAAGCAAUAUGAAAAAGCUGUUGACAUCUUGGCAGUGACAAAGCAGCAUGUAGAAGCAUUGGAGCUGUGCCUGGAACAUAAUGUUCCUGUGACAGAGGAACUUGCAGAGAAGCUGACCUUGGCAAAAGGGGAAACUGAUGAAGCAACAAGAGUGCAUGUUCUAGAGAAGGUGGCAGAGUGUGCUAUUGUACAAGCAAAUUAUCAUCUUGCUGCUAAAAAGUUUCUGCAAGCUGGAAGCACUGUGAAAGCUAUGAAAGCACUUCUGAAAUCAGGUGAUACUGAACGUAUUAUCUACUUUGCAACUACAUCACGACAACGUGACAUCUACGUAAUGGCAGCUAAUUACCUUCAGUCAUUAGACUGGCAAUCUGAUCCAGAAAUUCUAAAGAAUAUAGUUGCUUUUUACACUAAAGGUCAUGCUUAUGAUCUGCUUGCAAAUUUUUAUGUUGCUUGUGCCCAGGUAGAGGUUGAUGAAUAUCGUAAUUAUGAGAAGGCGUUAGGUGCUUUGGGAGAAGCAAGCCGCUGCUUGGCCAGAGUUACUAAUCCAAAAGACCCUUCACAGCAUGAGAGAGCAGUGGAAACAGUAACGCAGCGAGCAGCACUUGUCAAGCGCUUUAUAGAUGUGUUGAGAUUAUUUGCCCGUGGUGAGAAAGAAACAGCAGAAACACAGUGUACAUCACUAAUACAUCAAAUAGAAGAAGGGCCAAGUCCGGAGGGUCCAUUGAGAAGAGGUGAUGUUCUUGCAGCUGUGGUAGAAGAUAGGGCCUCACGACAAGACUGGAAUGGAGCAAGGGACAUACUGGAUCAGAUACGGCAGUUAACAGCAGCUGAAGCAGCCAGUCGCAAGGAAUGGCACAAGAAAUGUACUAAAAUUAGGUGUGGUACCUCUUCUUUCAACUUCAUAAAUUCUUUGUUAUUUACCCCAACCAUGACAGAGGCUUUAUCUGAACGAUUGCCCAUUAAAUUUUCAAGUCACAAAUCAAACCAUUCAAGUGUCUUCUUUAUAGCAGAGACAAUAGCUCCAGCAUUACACUUAAGCAACAGGGUCAAGGCGAUCCACCAGCACGUUAUGUGUCAAUCAGUACACUAGAAGCAAUUGCAAAUGGACUAGGUUUACCCUCUCCAAGUACACAGUCUGUUCAUGAAAUAGGAGAUGAAGAAGUUGAGGAAGAAGAAGGACUGGGUACAGGUGCAAGGCCUGGCACUAGCUAUGCAAGUAGU